AUGUCUGACCAAUACUCUGCCGCCUCUUCCGCUUCUCCCUCUCUCACCGAGAAGCUCACCACCCUUCGAGCUUUCUUCAAGGCUCAAAAGGCUGUCAUUCUCACCACUCGAGAUUCUGAUGGAUCCCUCCACGCUCGAGUGAUGGCUGUUGCCGAGAUCACCCCCGAUUGGAAGUUUAGGUUCAUCUAUGACAAGGAGUCACACAAGGAUGUGGAAGUACAACAAGAUUCCCACGUCAACAUUGCCGUUGACGGUACUCAAAAUAACACCGGCUGGGCUUCCAUCGCCGGUAAAGCCAGUCGAAUCGAAGAUCACGCAGUAGUCGAGAAGCUCUGGAACCCAACUAUCAAAGCCUGGUUUGCCGAUAAAGGUGACGGAGUCCACGAUGGUUCGCCUUCUGAUCCUCGAGUGGUAGUCUUCGAAGUUAAAGUAGAUGAGAUCCGACACUUCCACCAAGAAAAGACAACCCUCGGUACCGUGGUGGAUGUCAUCUCUUCCACCAUCUCAGGCUCGACUGCUACUCCCGGUUCAAUCAGAACGAUCACCGGGGAGGAGAUUGCAGGUGCUUGGGCAAGAAACGAACUCAAAGAACCUUAA